GUUUUCAGCUCUCAGGUGAUGAAGAUCAGUUGCUGCCGGGUGCUGCGUCGCUGGAAUCGAGUUUGUCGCAGAAACUGUCGAACUGCCGUCAAAUCGGUGACGUUCUACUGGUUGGUUCUCCUGCUGGUAUUCCUGAACACAUCCCUUAGUGCCUCCGAGCACUACAACCAGCCCGACUGGUUAACUCAAGUCCAGGACAUCGCCAACAAAGUUCUGCUAUCUCUCUUCACGGUGGAAAUGCUGCUUAAGAUGUACAGCCUGGGUCUGGCACAUUACUUUGUGGCGUUCUUCAACCGCUUCGACUGUUUUGUGGUGUGCGCCGGCAUCAUCGAGACCAUCCUUGUGGAGCUGGAGAUCAUGCCUCCCCUGGGAAUCUCAGUGCUGCGCUGCGUCCGUCUGCUGCGGAUCUUUAAGGUCACACGGCAUUGGACAGCUCUGUCCAACCUGGUGGCAUCCCUGCUGAACUCCAUGAAGUCCAUCGCCUCACUGCUGCUCCUGCUCUUCCUCUUCCUUAUCAUCUUCGCUCUGCUCGGCAUGCAGCUGUUUGGAGGGAAGUUCAACUUCGACGAGACUCAGACCAAACGUAGCACCUUCGAUGCCUUCCCGCAGGCGCUGCUCACCUGCUUCCAGAUUUUAACAGGCGAGGACUGGAAUGUGGUCAUGUAUGACGGCAUCAUGGCGUACGGCGGUCCUGUGUUUCCAGGGAUGAUUGUCUGCAUUUACUUUGUCAUCCUCUUCAUCUGUGGCAACUACAUCCUGCUGAAUGUCUUCCUGGCUAUUGCUGUGGACAAUCUGGCUGGUGGAGAUGGAGAUGACAAGAAGAAAGAUAAGAAGGAUGAGGGUGAGGUUGAGGGUGAGGCGGAGGCUGAAGGAGAAGUUAAGGUGGACAUUGAUGAAGAUACUGAGUACGAGGAGGAAGAGGAGCUUCCUGAAGGAGAAGAUGAUGGAGGGGUGCAGCUGAAGAUGGCUGAUCUUGCACCUCCUAAAGAGAAGGUUCUCCCCAUCCCAGAGGGCAGCGCCUUCUUCUGCCUCAGCAAGACGAACCCGAUCCGUGUUGGCUGCCACACUCUUAUCCAUCACCACAUCUUCACCAACCUCAUCCUGGUCUUCAUCAUCCUCAGCAGCUGUUCAUUGGCUGCAGAGGAUCCAAUCAGAGCGCACUCCUUCAGGAACAAUAUCCUUGGCUAUGCUGACUAUGCCUUCACCUCCAUCUUCACUGUGGAGAUCCUGCUGAAGAUGACGGUCCACGGAGCGUUCCUCCAUCAGGGCUCCUUCUGCAGGAACUGGUUUAACCUUUUGGACCUUUUGGUCGUCAGCGUCUCACUCGUCUCCUUCUUCUUGCACUCCAGCGCCAUCUCUGUGGUGAAGAUCCUUCGAGUCCUCAGGGUGCUUCGACCCCUGAGAGCUAUCAACAGAGCCAAAGGACUGAAGCAUGUGGUCCAGUGUGUGUUUGUGGCCAUCAGGACCAUCGGAAACAUCAUGAUUGUCACCACACUGCUGCAGUUCAUGUUCGCCUGCAUCGGGGUGCAGCUCUUUAAGGGUAAAUUCUACCGCUGCACAGAUGAGGCCAAAAGCACUCCUGAACAGUGCAAGGGGACCUUCGUGGUCUACAAGGAUGGCGACGUGAGCCACCCCAUGGUCCGCCAGCGCAUCUGGCUGAACAGCGACUUUAACUUUGACAACGUGUUGAUGGGGAUGAUGGCGCUCUUCACCGUGUCCACCUUCGAGGGCUGGCCCGCGCUACUCUACAAAGCCAUUGAUGCCAACGGAGAGAACUCUGGUCCCAUCUACAACUACAGAGUGGAGAUCUCUAUCUUCUUCAUCGUCUACAUCAUUAUAAUCGCCUUCUUCAUGAUGAACAUCUUUGUAGGUUUUGUCAUCAUCACCUUCAGAGAACAAGGAGAGCAGGAGUACAAGAACUGUGAGCUGGACAAGAACCAGCGUCAGUGUGUGGAGUACGCCCUGAAGGCUCAGCCGCUGAAACUCUACAUCCCCAAGAACCCAGUUCAGUACAAGUUCUGGUCCAUCAUCAACUCAACUGGGUUUGAGUACGUCAUGUUUGUCCUGAUCCUGCUCAACACUGUCACGCUGGCUGUUCAGCACUACGAACAGUCCAAGACCUUCAGUUACGUCAUGGACAUCCUCAACAUGGUCUUCACUGGACUUUUCACUGCAGAGAUGCUGCUGAAGCUACUGGCUCUAAGACUGCGGGUAGGAUAUCCAAGGCAUAGGAACAAUCCCAAGAACGUCCUACAGAGCAUUUCAUUUACCUCGUCCUUCCAGCACUACUUCGUCGACGCCUGGAACUCAUUCGAUGCUCUGAUCGUGGUCGGCAGUGUGGUGGACAUCGUGGUCACAGAGUUCAGCAGUGGUGAGGACAGCUCAAGGGUGUCUAUCACCUUUUUCCGCCUGUUCCGAGUGAUGCGAUUGGUCAAACUCCUGAACAAAGGGGAAGGGAUUCGUACCCUACUCUGGACAUUCAUCAAAUCACUGCAGGCGCUGCCCUACGUCGCUCUGCUCAUCGCCAUGAUCUUCUUCAUCUACGCUGUCAUUGGCAUGCAGACGUUUGGGAAGAUAGCCAUGCAGGAUUACACCCAGAUCAACCGAAACAACAACUUCCAGACUUUUCCUCAGGCGGUUCUCCUCCUCUUCAGGUGUGCUACAGGUGAGGCGUGGCAGGAGAUCAUGUUGGCCAGCCUUCCAGGGAAGCGCUGUGACCCGGAGUCGGACUACGAACCGGGAGAGGAGUUCAGCUGCGGCAGCAACAUCGCCAUCGUUUACUUCAUCAGCUUCUUUAUGCUGUGUGCCUUCCUGAUCAUCAACCUAUUUGUUGCCGUCAUCAUGGACAACUUUGACUACCUAACACGUGAUUGGUCCAUCCUGGGGCCUCAUCACCUGGAUGAAUUCAAGAGGAUUUGGUCAGAGUAUGAUCCUGAGGCCAAAGGUCGGAUCAAACAUCUGGAUGUGGUGGCGCUGCUCAGGAGGAUUCAGCCUCCUCUGGGAUUCGGGAAGCUUUGUCCUCACAGGGUAGCCUGUAAGCGCCUGGUAGCCAUGAACAUGCCUCUGAAUGCUGAUGGGAUGGUGACCUUUAACGCCACGCUCUUCGCUCUGGUUCGCACCGCGCUCAAGAUCAAGACUGAAGGUAAUCCUGACCAAGAGAACGAGGAGCUGAGGGCGAUCAUCAAGAAGAUCUGGAAGAGGAUGAAGCCGAAGCUGCUGGAUGAAGUCAUUCCUCCACAUGAAGAGGAGGAGGUCACCGUCGGGAAGUUUUAUGCCACUUUCCUCAUCCAGGAUUACUUUAGGAAGUUCAGGAAGAGGAAGGAGAAUGGAAAUGUAGCCGGAGAGUCCGACUCUCCAAAUCCGUCUGCUGUUCAGCUCUGUAAGGCUGGUCUCAAGACCCUGCAGGAUCUGGGUCCAGAAAUGCGUCUGGCUCUGAAUGAAGACCUGGAGGAAGGAGAGGAGGUGGAGGAAAUGAUGGAGGGUGAGGAGUUGGAGAAGAACGCUGGCUAUAAGACGGAGAAUGGAUUCGGGGCAGAGAAUCGACGUGGUUCCUUACUGACCCCUACUGGUGACGGUGGCAUUUCUAAUGGCAGUCUUAUCCACCGAGUUGGCUCCCUCACCAAGAUGGCGAAUGGAAAUGAACGCGACGAGGAUCUUCGCCGUGGAGACAGUAUGAGGUCAUCAGCCAGUCGACAUCGCCGGCUGUCCUUAAAGAACGGCCUGCCAGACCACACCCAAAACCGACCGGCGUACUACAAAUAUGGAAGGAGAGACUCCUGGAGGAAUGGAGACGUGGACGUUUACGGAGAGCACGGUUACUACAGCCGAGAGGAAGACAACGAGAGCGUCACUUCCAGAGACAGACAUUACCCUGAUGACUCCCACUACGGAGACCUCCAGGACGACCACGGCCCGUACACCAACGGUAGUUAUGGUGACGGUUACAGCGAGGGCAGGAGGACAACUCGACGCCGUUUGCUUCCUGCCACGCCCAUGGGUCGGAAACCGUCCUUCAACAUCCAGUGUCUGAGGCGGCAGGGCAGCAGUGAUGACCUGCCGAUUCCUGGGACCUACCACCCAACAUCCCCACCACGCCGCUCGCGACCUCAGCAGGCUUUGGGCAGCUACGACUCCCGGCAUUCCUCAGGACGGUCUGCAGCGGCGGCAUCGGUGUCCUGGGCCAAGCCGUGUCCUCGCCGGGGACGCCUGCUCUACGCUCCGCUCAUCCUGGUGGAGGAGGAGGGCAGCCCACCGUGGGGAGGAGGGCUGCACCCGGAGGGUAAGAACGGUGGACCAGUCAGAGGUGAGGAGGCAAUGUUUCAGAGUAAAAGCUUGUUUUAUUGUGAAAGGUGUAGCUCAUGUUGCUUCCUGUGAUUC